GCUCUCACUCAGAUACUUUAAUUGGUCUUUUCCAGCUGCUUCUUUUCCACACAGUCUUCAAUUGACCACUGCUUUCUUUGCACAAUUGCUGCUUUGCUUCUCUUCCUCUUCCUCUCCCUCUCUUUACCACUCACCACUGAUCCCCAUGGCCGACUACUUUAGAAAACGACCCUUCAGAGGCUACUCCAACGACCAACUACCCCCAGAAUUCAGAAAACAUGUUACUUUCUACUGGGAGUGCUGCCAAUGCAAAAGGCUCAACCAAGUCGAUUUUCCUACCAACAAGAAGUUCUACCAAUGCAAUUUGUAUUGUGCCCAUGACUACUGUUCAGAAUGCAAGAGCAUUAUGUGAUAUGUGAUACCAAUUAAAUUUCAAAUCAGAUCAAUAGACUCGAAUCAAGAAUUGGCCAUUAACCACUGUUCAUAAUUCAUCACAUUACCAUAUCAUAUUAUUAUAUCAUUAAAACUAUUCAUUGCUAUCUUCAGUUCAAAAUCUAUUUCUACUUAUCAGUUCCUUGUUUUAUUGUAUUAUUUUAUUUUACAUUUCACUGUUUUUCUAAAACAUUUACUUUUACAUUUACAUUUACUUUUAUUUUAUUUUUUUUCUUUU